AUGAAUCUCGCUGGAGGGGAAAAACUUUCAGAAGAUUCUGAAAUUCUAGAAAUCGCCGUAGUCUCAUGUACCGAGGAAGAUAUCGAGAAAACUGUCCAAGUGUAUACGGUUAAAAAACCAUGUAACAGCGCUAAGACAGUGUCGAAAAACAGCCUAGAAAGUUACCCCCACCUGAAGUCCAUCUCCGAAAAGCUACAUCUUUCCGGUGGUGCUGUAGCUAUAGAUCUCCUCAUCGGGACUGAUCUUGCUGAAGCCUUCGUCGAUGUUCACACAAUCUCUGGUCGAUGUGGGGAACCCAUUGCCAAGAGAAACUGCUUUGGAUGGUACAUUAUUGGCCAACUAGACCCAAAGAUACCGGAUGGUGCAAAAAUACAGUCAGUUGAUGUCAGUCACGCGAGUGUCAUGGAGAAUGUCAAUCAACUUCUUCAACAAGAUCAGAUAGGAAUCAAACCUACACGUUUCUGCACAUGUAGUGAAAGUGAAUUGCGAGAAAGUAAAUUUGUGAAGUCUGUCUCUCAAUCAACGACUCUGGUUGAUGGAAGGAUUCAGGUAAAGAUGCCGUGGAAUGGAAAGGGACCUCCGAAGCAAAGUAACUACGACAUCGCUGUAAAGAGAAUGCAGUCAGCCGAAAGGUCAUUCGAAAAGAAGGGUUGCAUUGAUGUUGUCGACGAAGAAGUAAAAAAGUUAGUGGAUCAAGCGUUUGUCAUCAAGGUUCCUCCCGAACAUGUCAACCACACCCAAGCAGAAUGGUAUUUGCCACUGCAAGCCGUCUUCACCCCAGAGAAGACAACCAAAGUGCGGCUU